GCCACUUAACGGAGGAUUUAGGGAAAUACUUUGUAAAUUCGACAGUUUGAGGUAGUGCGAGGCAUAUUGACAGCACUGACUCGUCACGCUAACCGACUGCAACCUUAAAUUUGCGCUUGGUCAAAUAACCCAGUCCGACAACAAUGGCGUAUUCACAAAGCAGCAACGCCUGGAAAUUCAUGGUGAUAGUUUAUAUUUUCCUAUUUUGCGAACUGGAUGUGGUUUCUGGACAGGUUCGUUAUUCGAUUCCCGAAGAACUGGAGCAGGGAGCUAUAAUUGGUAACAUUGCUGACGAUUUGGGACUGAAUAUCGCAUCGUUCUUAUCUCGGAAUGGUCGGCUGCUCUCUGACUACAUAAAGCGCUAUUUGGAGGUGAAUUUGGAAAAUGGGAUGUUAUUUGUCAAUGAGAAAAUAGACAGAGACCAGCUUUGUGGACCAACCCAUACAUGUAUUCUUUCCUUCCAAAUAGUGUUUGAAAAUUCCCCCGAGAUGUACCGCGGUGAAGUGGAGAUUCUUGAUAUAAAUGAUAAUUCGCCCAGUUUCCCGGAGAGAGCCAUUCUCUUACAAAUGGCCGAAUCCAUGGCGUCAGGCUCCCGAUUUCCGCUAGAGAGCGCACUUGAUCCAGACAUGGGCACAAAUACAGUCACUGCUUACAGCAUCAGCCCCAAUGAGCACUUCGGUCUAAAAGUAAAAACUGUAGACGACGGUGCUAAUAUUGUCGAACUGUUAUUGGAGAAUCCCUUGGACCGCGAACGACAGUCAUCCUUUCAAUUGAUGCUGACGGCCACUGACGGAGGGAGUCCUCCCAGGUCUGGGACAGCCCGUAUUCUUAUCACUGUGCUGGACAUUAACGAUAAUGCACCUGCAUUCGAUCGAGAGAUCUACAAAGUCAGCUUGGUGGAAAACUCACCCAGGGGUACCUUGGUGGUUUCAGUCCAUGCCACUGAUCCAGACGAAAGCCCGAAUGCGGAGGUAACUUAUUCUUUCAGUAAUCGUGUUUCACAGAAAGUGCAAGAAUUGUUCAGUUUGGAUCCGCGAACAGGGGAGAUUACAAUUCAAGGGGCCCUUGAUUUUGAAGAAGCAAGUAGUUAUUCACUUAACGUUCAGGCUUUCGACAAUGGUUCACCAGCAAUUGCAGGCCAUUCGAAAGUGCUGAUUAAGGUAAUUGAUGUGAAUGAUAAUGCCCCUGAGAUUAAAGUGACCUUAGUAUCUAUAUCUAGCAAGGUCAGUGAUGAUGUUACACGGGGGACAGUGAUAGCUUUGAUCAAUAUAAUAGAUCACGAUUCUGGAGAAAGCGGACAAGUUCACUGUCAGAUCCCAUUGGAGGUUCCCUUUAAACUUCAAACAUCUUCAAGUGGCCAUUAUAAAUUGGUGACCAGUGAUUUUUUGGAUCGGGAAACCACCCCUCUAUACAACAUGCAUAUUUUAGUCAGGGACUCCGGUUCUCCUCCACUAUCAACAAAUAAAAGCAUUCAGAUCUCAGUUUCUGAUAUAAACGAUAACGCCCCAAGAUUUGCUCGACCCAUGGAUACAGCAUAUGUGAUGGAGAACAAUGCUCCCGGUGCUUCUAUUUUCACAGUGACUGCGUCCGAUCCUGAUCUGGACCAGAAUUCCUACGUUACUUACUCAAUCACAGAGAGCCUUAUCCAUGGCUUUCAGUCGUCAAGUUACCUCAAUGUUAAUUCGAUGAACGGGACCAUUUACGCGCUGCGCUCUUUUGAUUACGAGCAAAUCAAAAACUUCCAGGUCCAAGUUCAAGCCCGAGACGCUGGCGUUCCCCCGCUGAGCAGCAGCGCAACCUUGAAUGUGAUCAUCCUGGAUCAAAACGACAACGCUCCAGUAAUUGUUUCACCUUCAGCACCGAGCGGAUCAGCAGCAGUGGAGAUUGUGCCUCAGUCAGCGGCUCAGGGGUACAUGGUCACCAAGAUAAUCGCAACUGAUGCUGAUUCUGGUCAGAACGCACGGCUCUCCUAUCAGGUGCUGAAAGCCACUGACCCCAGUUUGUUUAACGUGGGGCUUAACACUGGAGAAGUCAGCACAGCCCGAGCCAUCUUGGAACUAGAUGCCACCACACAAACUCUGGUCAUCUUGGUGAAGGAUAAUGGACAGCCGAGGCUCUCCAGCACGGUUACAAUCCACUUUACAAUUUUGGAAAAUGUUACUGAAAUUUUCUCCGAAAGCAGCAAUUUAAUGACAAAUCCUGAAUACGUCUCUGACGUAAAUGUUUAUUUAAUUGUUAUUUUAGGUUCAACUUCUUUUAUAUUUCUUGUAAUCAUCAUUUUGCUGAUUGGCAUCAAAUGUAAACAGGACAGAAAUCUUUCCGAGGACUACAAUUCCCCAAGUUGUUGCUACAGACUGGAAGAUUCUAAUGAUGCCUUUAAUCUGAGACCUGCACUGAAGGAAUCUUUGAACUAUACUGGGGCUGGUGAGAUUGUUCGCUUCCCGGAAACUCACCAUUAUGCGGUUUGCCUGUCUCCGGAAUCAGCGAAGAGCGAUUUUCUGUUUCUGAAACCCUACACACCGCCCAUGUCUCAGGAGAAACGCUAAAUUUUACAGAUUUGACAACAUUGACUCAGAGUGAAAUUACUGGUUGAGCUAAUGAAACUCUUUCCCUUUAAGGAUCUUUAUUGCAUAAAGCGGGGAUCGUUCUUAUUAUGUAACUGUCAGUGUUGUCAAUCAAAGGAAAUGAUGCAAAAUAAAAGGCUCCAUGAUAACUCAGCGUCACGUCUGAAACUGGUAUCCGCUAAUUGGGAAGG